AUGUCCUCCUCCUCGUCGAAAUCGUCGAGCCACGACGCUCCUUCAUCCUCUCCUUUUGCUCGUAAUAAUAACGAGAAUACUACAUCUAAUCGAAGACGAAACUCCUCGAAAUCAUCAUCCAACGCGACGACGACGAGGAAAAAUCGUUUCGUGUUCGCGUACAAAAGAGCCGCACUCCGCGCGCGGAAAGACGUGGAAAGGAAAAGCACAAACGCGAGAAAUGCGCUUUGCGAAACGAAAGUGAACUUUGAAAACGCGGUUAUGAAACCUUUGCUCUUUUUCGUCCCAACAAUCGGGAGAAAAAGCGAGGAAAAGGAGAAGACUUUCGUGUCGAAGCGAUCGUCUAAAGAAGAAGCGAAUUGGGCGCAAAAGGACCGAUGGAACGCGCUUCGCGAGAGAGCGAUUGAUCCCAUCAAACGGGCAGUUUCGUCGGCAAGCGGUAAUAUUUCGAAAGGACAACAGUUUUUUACGAAGAUUGCGGAAGAAAAGGAGGGGAAGAUGAAGAGCGGAUCGUAUGUUUCGUCGCCGGCGAAGGAGGAGGUUCCGAAGAAGAAUAAAAAGGACGAAGAUUCCGCGAAGAGGUUUAAUGGAUUUGUCUUCCCUCUAGAAAAGGAGAGGAAAAGAGUGGAGGAGAGGUGGAAGGAGGUCGUGGAGAAGAUGAAGAAGGAAAGGAUGGCGACGUUUACUUCUUCUUCUUCUUCGUCCGCGGACGCGCGCAAACAAGAGGAGCAACACAAGAACAAGAACAAGAACGCGGAUAAUGGAAAAGAGGGGAGGAAUAGUAGUAGUUUGAUGAUUAAGGCGAAAGCGGAGAAGAUGACGAAGGAAGUGAGUUUGAAAUUGAACGAAAAUGUGAGCAAAGUAAACGCCGCGAUCGAGGCGAGGAAGAAAGAGACGGAGGAGGCGUUUACGAGCGCGAAACGUCGAGUGAUGGCAAUGACGGUAAAGAAAGAUGCGGAACGAGACGAUGGAAAGCAUAAGAACAAGAGGCGGGAAAAUAACAAGAGUAGCACUAGCACGAAUAGUAGCAACAACAACAACAACAACAACAGAGAUAGCGAGAACAAAAAGAACAAAAAGAAGACCGCGACUGGCGAAGAACCGCCGCCGACGAACAUUUUCGAGCGCUCAAAAUCGGCCGCGUCCGAUUUCUUCGGCACCGCCACCGCGAGCAUGGAAGACGUCAAAGGCAACAUCGAUAGCGUACAAAAAUCAGUAGCGAAGAAGCUCUCGGACAUGCAACUGCGCGAGAAUUUUGAAGGCACGACACAAAACAUUGCUCGAGAAUCGAAAAAAUUAGUCACCGAGGACUUACCUUCAACGAUCAAAACGCUCUCGAAAGAAUCUGCCAACCUCACCGGCUCCGCGUUGAAAGAGUUCAACGAAAACAUCGAUGUCGACGUGAUUGCGCAAAACGCGAAAAAAUCGUUCGAAGGUACCUCGAAAACGGUCGAAACGCUCAUUCGAGACGUGCACAGCAACGCCUCUCUCGCCGCCGCCUCGGGUAAAGCGCUGGUGACGGAUUUAAUCGAUCCGCCGGAAAAAAUGCACCGCGUGCGUCAAGGCGAAUCGUUGCUGAAAAUCGCUCGCAAGUACGACGUUUCCGUCGUUGACGUCUGUCGCGUGAACAAUUUAGCACCGACGGAUGAAAACCCUCACUUUGUGGCGAUUAAAAUCGGUCAAGUUUUAAACAUUCCGAAUCCCGAACGCAUGGCGGAACAACCGGCGUACGAAAGCUCAAAGUUUGACGAAAAGUACGAGAGCACCGUGAACGCGUAUUACGAGCAACGAUUGAACGCGUCAUCUCCCUCCUCGAAAAAGAGUAAAGUAGCCGUAGCAACAUCGGAAGGAGGAGGAUUAGGAGGAGGAGGAGCGGCUAACAUCCGAAUCGCCGAAUCGUCCUCCUCCUCCUCCUCCGGCAACGCCAAACUCGCCGGAAGUUUCGCGUUGCUCGCCACCGCAGCUGCCAUAUCGUACCUUCGCGCCGGGUUAGACGACGAUUCAGACGACGAUAAUAACGACAGUAAUACUAAUAAUAAUACUACUAUCGGAGGAGACGAGAACACGAAUAGCCAGAUGUUGUAG